AUGGAACAAAAAAAUAACUCUGAUCAAGUGUUAAAUACUGUAAGAUCGAUUGUUUACCAUUUAAAUGAUGUCAACUGGGUUAAGAUGACACAAAAAAUGAUGGCUUUGCCAAUAAAUAAUGUUAAACUACUCGAUGACAUAACAAAUAUAAUAUUUGAUCGAGCUUUAAAAAGACAAAAUUAUACACACAUAUACGCUCAGAUGUGUGCACGUUUGAUCAAUGACUCGAAGUUUAAUAAUCUUAUUGCUACCGAUACAGAAAUAACAUUUCAAAAAGUGUUAUUAAAAAAAUGUCACGAUGUUUUUUAUUCAAACUAUCAAGAAGAAUUGAAUAAAUUAAAAGAUACAAUGAAAAAUGAUAAUAUGGUACCGAAGAAGUGUUUAUCCGGCGUUUUAAAUAAUUUUCUAUUCGAUUUCCAGAAAAGAUCCAUAUGCAAUUGCAGAUUUAUUGGCGAACUGUUUAAAAACGGCGCGUUCCCAGAAAAGUAUAUACUCAAGUGCAUUGGAGAUUUAGAAAAGAGAAGAAAAGAGAAGAAUGACAACAACUAUGAACUACAAAUGCACUGUUUGUGUAUAAUAUUACAAUCAGUUGGGCUAAUAUUAUCAAAAACGUCAUAUGAUUUGAACAAAAAAAUCAAUAAACUUGUAUCGUCUAUGGAAAACCAUGGGAUGUCAUCGACAUUAAAAUGUUUGAUAAAGAAACUAAAAAUAAUGAAUUCCAAGGGUUGGAUGGAUGAGGAGCCUGUUAAGUUUGCGGGGACAAAUUACAAUGCAUAUCGUGACUUACCACCACACAUGCAAAUGGUGUAUAGGGUAAGAUCAAAGAAAAUAAUAUCUGACUGGGCUUAUGACGAAAGUCAUGACCAUCGUUUAAAUGUUGUCAACAAUUAUAAAAUUGAGGUACGUUCCAACAUACCACCUAAACUGUAA